AUGUUCUGCGUCGAGCGCGACAUCUCAAAAGUCCCGGUGCACGCCCGGCGUCCCGAAACAUUACAAUACGCCAAUGACGAUCUGCAGCUGCUGCAUUACGGAGCCAUAUCGGCAAUCGGCGUCUUCCUCGCACUGCUGAUCGUGACCGUGGCCUUGUGGUUGAAUUAUUCCCGCUUCAAGAUGGCACGGGAAGAGGAGGCCGGUGACCGGAUGGAAUUUGGGACGUUCAAGUCGACAUCGCACGAUCGGGUGAUGAGGAAUUACAAUCGAUUCAUCCGCCGCUUCGAUCGCUUCCUGAUCCGCUGCUCGUACAGGAAGAAGAUCAGCGCACUGGAUCUGCAGGCGGCAGAUUUCGGGAAAGCCGAAGCGCCCGACAUCGAAAAACUCGAUCUCGGCCUCCCCGUGACGAACUCCGCUCCCGCCGCUGAAAGCCCGGGGUCCACUCCUGUCGAAGCGAGCCCAACCUCCGCUACUAGCAAUACCUCAAAGCCUGAUAAGAAA